AGACAAAAUGAAAUUCUUCGCUGUUUUCGCUCUUAUCGCCAGUGCCAUCGCUGCCGUGAGUUGUGCACCACAGUUUGGAUUCGGAACGUCCGGUGCAGGAGCCCAAGCUGCGUCCCAAGGAAUGGGAAUGGGAGGCUUUCCUGGCAUGGGAGGCGGCAUGAGUGCUUCCAACGCUAAUGCUGGAGCCCAGAGCACGGGCAUGGGAGGAUUCCCCGGUAUGGGCGGUGGCAUGAGUGCUUCGAAUGCUAACGCUGGUGCCCAAGGCAUGGGCAUGGGAGGUCCAUUCGGCGGAAUGGGAUCAUCGAUGGCGAAUGCAGGAGCCCAAGGAAUGGGUCAAGGAUUCGGUGGCUAAACCUUCGCUGGUUUGGCAGAGAUUCCCAGGUGUUCAAAUCAGCAAUUUCUGCAAAGGCUACUCUAGUCAUCGAAUGGAGAUGGUGUAGAUGAUAAAAAAGAAACUAAUGUAUACAUACAGUCUAGAAAUUAUAUUCAAUUGUAACACAUAAGUCUGAAAAAAAAAACAUAUUUUGCUUUAGAAAACGGUUGUCUAACUUGACGAUAAUUCUUCGAAAGUCAGAACGGCUAUAACCUUAAAUUGAUACUUAGUUGUUUGUCCCUUAUUUUGUAAUGUUGGCUUCGAUUCCCUGUCUGUUCGAAGAUAUUUUCGGGUUGGAAAUGUUCAAGACUUCACUGGGCAUAUCGAGUAGGAUUGUGCUUGCCAAACAUUAUUUGUAUAAUUGUAAACAUGGUUGGAUGUUCUCAAUUAAAAACUGUAACCUGUGGUGUGUCUGUCUGUCUGAGAUUAGUGAGAUUGUCGCGAUUAGUGUUUCGUAUUUUAUGUAUAACAAUAUGCCAAGGAAAGGUUUGAAUACAAGCUACCAACACCACCCAUCGCCCACAAAAUCACCCACUGGACAGUUCACAGCCACACCACUAAACGACAGGAAGAUCCUCUACCUACCACCAGAUGGUACUAUUUACUGGAUUUGGAGGCCAUUAGGAGGUGGCAUAAUGGGGCCAUGAUGAGGCGAAAUAGGGUGGAAGGACGAUGCCUCAUCGAGGAGGAAAGGAGGAAGGAGGAGAAAAGAAUAGAUCAGCCGCCAUCGUUGAAAAUUAUUUGAUUGGCGAUACUCAACAGUGAGACUUCGUAAAGCAAG